UGACGAGCAGUCGGAUGCUUCUUUCCUGACAGAUGACUUGAAGGUGAAACUUGGAGCAAAUGGAACAAGUGUAGACCUAGAAAUAUCCACUGUAUUGACUGCUGGCAAGGUGAGGUCAGAAAGAGUUCAGGGUGUGACCAUAAGAGGAUUGAAUCAUUUUGACGUCGUGCAAGUACCAGUUUUAUAUACCAGGAAGAGUAUCCCAGUGAUAGUUUCACAGAUUCCUACUCCAGACAACAUUAAAGUUUGGCCUCACUUACAGCAUCUUAAAUCUGAAUUAAGUCCACUCCUAAAUGUACCGGUAGGGCUUCUUAUUGGUGCAAAUUGUCCCAAAGCCUUAACACCCACAGACGUGAUUCCCGGUGCUUCGGAUGAAGAUCCGUAUGCUGUGAAAAGAGUACUUGGAUGGGGUGUUGUAGGUAUGAGCAAGCAUGGAGAAUCGAAGUUGUGUACAACAUCCUUGAGGACUGCCACUAAAGUAUCCGAAGUGAUAGAGGCACUUCAAAGUGAUUUCGUCGACCUGGGAAACUUAAAGAAUGACGGUGCAGCGCUCUCAGUUGAGGAUAAGAGAUUCAUGAAAAUAUUAAAUGAAAACAAAGAAGUUGUUGAUGGUCACUUGCAGUUGCCACUCCCUUUUAAGUCUGAUAUGGCCAAGCUUCCAGACAACAAAGUUGUAGCCUUCAAGAGAUUAGAGAGUCUGAAAAGUAAAUUUAAUAAGAAAGAAAGGUUCGCAACACAAUACAAGAAAUUCAAUGACUGCCUUGUAGAUGAGGGCCAGGCGGAAGCUGUACCAGAAGAGGAGACUGCUAAUGCUGGCUGGUACCUACCCCAUCAUGGAGUCUACCAUAAUCAUAAACCUGGAAAAUUAAGAGUGGUACUUGACUGUGCGGCAAGAUACCAAGGAGUUAGCUUGAAUGAUGUACUACUUCAAGGGCCCAACUUAAUGAAUAGUUUGAUAGGAGUUUUGCUUCGCUUUCGAAAGGAAAGAAUUGCCUUCAUAGGUGACAUUAAAAGCAUGUUCUACCAGGUCCGAGUAGCCCCACAACAUAGGGAUUUCCUACGAUUCCUAUGGUGGGAAAGUGGUGAUGUUAAUAAAGCACCAAAGGAGUUUCGAAUGUUAGUGCAUGUAUUUGGCGCUAAAUCAUCUCCGGGAUGCGCCAACUACAGUUUGAAGGAUGUAGCAAAACGGUUAUCAGACAAGUAUGGCCAAGAUGCAUUAGAGUUUGUCCAAAACAACUUUUAUGUGGAUGACGGCUUGCAGUCAGUUGAGACAGCGGAUGAGGCAAUAGACCUAAUCCAGAGGACGGUAGCCAUGUUGAAGGAGGGAGGAUUCAAACUGCAUGAAUUCCUCUCAAAUUCAAAGCAGGUUUUGAAAGCACUACCAGAUGAUUGCAUCGCAUCUAAUGUCAGCCAGAAGGACUUGAAACGUACUUUGGGAAUACUGUGGGACCCUACUCUUGACGUAUUUACAUUUGAAGGCAACAUGAAAGAGAAUCCUCCGACAAGAAGAGGCAUUCUAUCGACUGUGUCUGCUGUGUUUGAUCCACUUGGAUUAAUUGGUCCCUACAUUUUACAGGGGAAGCGAAUCCUCCAGAACGUCUGUGCAGAAGGAAAGGACUGGGACGAACCGUUAAAUGACGAUACAAUCCAACAUUGGAUAGCUUGGAAAGAGGAACUUCAGUACCUCAGCAACAUUAAAAUUAGCAGAUGCUAUAAGGCACCUAAUGCAACUUGA